UAUAGGAAUAAUAAUCGACACGCUUUAUUUUUCUGUGUGUCCGGUCAUAAGGAAGAAAUUUAUUUGUGGCUGAAAAUUCAGUUUUAAUCGCAAAUAAAUUCGCAAAUAUGGUUCGCAUUUUUAUAGUGCUGGUCGCGAUGAUUUUUGUGAUGAUCGAUGCACGUUUGACGAGGAUUUUAUUACACAAGAUGGAUUCUAUUCGAUUCGCUUUAAAGAAGCUUCACUUUACCAGUGACGUUCCAUUAUUACCUUCGAUUAUACACACGUUACCUUUAUGUAAAUAUGUAGAUGCUCAAUAUUAUGGUAUUAUUACUAUCGGAACUCCGCCGCAGACAUUUAAAGUAGUGUUUGAUACUGGUGUCUCAAGUCUUUGGGUAUUAUCCAAAACGUGCUACGAUACAAGAAUUGGUUGCUAUAUGCGGAAGCUAUAUGAAAAUGGAAUAUCAGGUAGAAAUCCAUACUAUAAGGAGAUUUUAAUUCCAUAUGGCUGUGGCUGGAUAUAUGGAUUUAUAUCUAAUGAUGUAGUUAAUAUUGGCAGUCUUAAGGUUCAAAAGCAAAAAUUUGCGGAAGUAUACCACGAGCAAAGCAAGUUGUUAAAAUUUGCACAAUUUGAUGGUAUUUUGGGCCUAGGUUUUAAAAUGACAGACAACAACGAAGUAACAUCUGUGUUCCAAAAUGCAAUGAAACAAGAGCUUGUGUCAUUAGAAGUUUUCAGCAUUUAUAUAAAUAACAAUCUGCGCAGAAAUCCUUGGACGACAAUCGGUGGUGUAAUAAUAUUGGGUGGUGCCGAUCGCAGUUAUUACGAAGGCGAGCUGACGUAUAUUCAUGCUACUAAGAAAGGAUUCUGGGAAUUUACUAUGAAUGAGGUCGAAGUACAUCACCUGGACAAUGACAAGAUGCGCACUGUUACCAUGAGCGCGUUGGGGUACUAUGAAGCUGUCGUUGAUGCAAGUACCUCAUUAUUAUAUGGACCAAGUAUGAAUAUCUCAUUUAUUAACAAACUUAUUGGAGCUAAUCCCGUUGGUGGAGAAUAUAGAAUAAGCUGCGGCAAGAUAGGCUCUGCUGAAAUGCCAGUAAUCAGUUUUAUUAUAAGUGGUAGAGUGUUCAAUAUUACUAGUUGGGAUUAUAUCUUACAGACAUCAACUCCUGAUCAAACGGUGUGUAUAAGCGGUUUUGUAUCGUCUAAUACUGCUGAUACUUGGAUUCUAGGUGAUAUAUUUCUUGGCUGUUAUUAUACUGUGUUUGAUUUUAAGCAUGACCAAAUAGGAUUUGCCGAAGCAAAAAGAUUGUUGAUUCCUAGUAUCUAAAAUUAUAUAAUAAAACAUAGCAAAUGAUAACUUCGCGAUUAAUUUAGUAACUUUUUUUAGUUUUUUAAUGUAUAUUAACUAGUCCUUUUUAUUUAUAGUUUUAUGAUAUAUUGUUAUAAACGAAUUUAUUCGUUUUGGAGAAUUAAAAUAUGGAUAUAUAUGGAAAA